AUAUAAACGAAGAAACAGAUGAGAGUGAUGUGAUAAUACAAGAACAAAGAAGGGUUUGGUUUUGAUUUGAGAGAGAAUCGAAGAAGGAAUGGAGAAGCCUAGGCAAAUCUCAGCAAUGGAGGCAUUCGAGAAAUUGGAGAAGGUGGGAGAGGGAACCUACGGAAAGGUAUACAGAGCAAGAGAGAGAGCGACGGGGAAGAUCGUAGCCUUAAAGAAGACUCGUCUCCACGAGGACGAUGAAGGCGUUCCUCCCACCACUCUCCGCGAGGUCUCCAUCUUGCGCAUGCUCUCUCGGGAUCCUCAUGUCGUCAGAUUGAUGGAUGUUAAACAAGGACAAAACAAAGAAGGAAAGACUGUUCUUUACUUGGUAUUUGAGUACAUGGAUACUGAUCUCAAGAAAUACAUCCGCUCCUUUCGCCAAACUGGGGAGAACAUUCCCGUUAACAUUGUCAAGAGCUUGAUGUACCAACUGUGCAAAGGUGUUGCCUUCUGCCACGGUCAUGGGGUUUUACACAGGGACCUUAAGCCUCACAAUCUCCUCAUGGAUAGAAAGACCAUGACCCUUAAAAUAGCUGAUCUCGGCCUAGCUCGAGCUUUUACUCUUCCCAUUAAGAAGUACACUCAUGAGAUAUUAACACUAUGGUAUAGAGCACCUGAAGUCCUUUUGGGGGCUACUCAUUACUCAACUGCUGUGGAUAUGUGGUCUGUGGCCUGCAUCUUUGCCGAGCUGGUCACCAAACAGGCUCUAUUCCCUGGAGAUUCUGAGCUGCAGCAGCUCCUUCAUAUUUUCAGGUUGUUGGGUACUCCAAAUGAACAAGUCUGGCCUGGAGUAAGCUCACUACCAAACUGGCAUGAGUAUCCCCAGUGGAGCGCCCAGAGCCUGGCAUCAGCUGUUCCUAAUUUGGAUAGUGAUGGGCUACACCUGUUAUCGGAAAUGUUGCAAUAUGAUCCCUCAAAGCGUAUUUCAGCCAAAAAAGCUAUGGAACAUCCCUACUUUGCAGAUCUGAACAAGGCUUAUAUUUGAACAGAACAGGGGAUAACAGGAGUUUCGUAGUUGAAACCUAUCUGCUUCUCUCAAGCAUCUAGUAUUGGAUAAUUAGUACUACUGGUAGUGUCUUUUAUGAUUUGUUGCAUUCUGAAAUUUGACUUAUUAUUAGUUUAUCCCUCAAAUUCCUUUUUUGCUAAAAUCUACUUUGGUUUAAGAA